AGUUAUUCGCGGACGGUCUCAGUGGGAGGAUGUACAUUCAAUGCCCUCCAAGCGAUUCGCGAUACCGACGUCGCUAUUAAAAUUAUAGUUGUAGAACUCUAAAGCUUUAAUAUAAUAUUCUGAAAAAGUUAAAAUUGACUUUUUGAAAGUGAAAGCGUUGAAAAGGACCGCGUGACAAGAUGUGCAAAACCGUAAAGACUGUCGCGUGGGAGACGGAGACCCUGAUGGGUACACCGCCGAAGUCUAAGUGGGAUACUUUAUGUCCAAGAGCAGCAUUAUCUCACGUGGGACUAUUCGUGGCACUGAUGCUGUACACCGCAGGAGGUGGAUUAGUUUUUCGGGCAUUGGAGUAUCCAGCAGAGUUGGCUAAACAAAACUUCCAUAGAGACAGAUUGCAGACAGAACGAUGGAACUUGAUACAGUUCGUUGCACAACGUAAUGGAAACAUAACGGUGGACCCUGACGUUGAGGAGCAACUGAGUCAACAUUUGGCUUUGUAUGAAAGAAUUUUGGAAGAAGCUUCAUCUAGUGGUUUAUCUUUAGAAGUAGAGAAGAAUUUUCCAGCAGCUGAGGAAAAAUGGAGUAUAUUACAAGCCGUUUUUUUCUCUUCUACUGUGCUCACCACAAUAGGUUACGGUAACAUUGUACCAGAAACGUUCUGGGGACGAUUGUUUUGCAUUGCAUACGCUCUCAUCGGAAUACCUUUGACGCUUACAGUCAUUGCAGAUUUGGGUCGUGUUUUUGCUACUUGUGUAUCAUUUAUCGCCAAACAGUUACCUGCUAUGCCCCAAUGCUGUAAGCGGGUUUCAGAUGCAAACCCGGCAGGCCAGAGGUCUCUUUAUGCUCUUGGUGCUGUAGGCUUCCUUUUUGUAUAUUUAUCAGCCGGUGCUGGACUUUUUAAGAUGUGGGAAGAUGAUUGGACGUUCUAUGAUGGUUUCUAUUUUUGUUUCAUUACCAUGACUACUAUUGGAUUUGGCGACUUGGUCCCAAAAAGACCGAAAUACAUGUUGCUGUGUACACUCUACAUUCUAAUCGGACUGGCACUUACGUCUACCAUCAUAGAAUUGGUUAGACGACAGUACGCCCGUUCUUGGCAGCAGUUGCGAGCGCUGUCAGGACCUCUGGCGGACACGUUGAGAAGACUUGGCGAUGCUGGCAGAGGUGUUGAUGUCUCCGACCUUAGGAAAGUUCUCACUGUGGUAACAAUGCCACGGUUGGGUUCGGGAAAAGAUGCGGAUAAACGUCAACUGGAGUGGGAGGCAGCAGUUGAAGCCGUCAUCAGAGACAUCACAUCACCCACGAAACCGCUACAGAAACCACCGAUAGUGCAAAUCGUCAUUUACGAAUCAUCUGUAUAAAGUGUAACAUUCUUGAACACUAGAAUGAUUCUUAUUACCAACUCUCGCUUCACUGUUCACUCUAGUCACAUAAAGCUUUAAACAAAUUGUGUCAUUAUCACGUAUUAUUACCUAAAUCUUUUUUAAUAUACACAAAAUUCUCUGGCAUUCUUAUUGAAGCUAUAAUUGCGAGUCGCGAUCACGAAAGCGCUUCACCAAACCGCGUGACAUUUCAACAUUACGAACUUUAAUAUAAGAAGUUCACGGCCAAUUCCACAGCUUGUGUUUGUAACUGAUGCAUAACCAAUGGUUUUGACCUAUUUAGUUAACUGAUGCCUUUAUUAAAUAUUGUUGCGAAGCUGGAUAAAGUAAUGGUAUGUGGAACUGUACCAGUGCCAACUUCAGAAAAAGAUGUGACUCGCUUGUCUGCCUUUGUUUUUUUUUUGCAUCAUGUCAUUGGAGCGUUUACGUUUGAAGUCCGGUGUCAAGAUGUUACCUUGGCGUCUCAUUGUCUAGACAGAUGUGACAGAGAGACUUAAUGUAUGUUUUACAGUAUUUUUGUCGAUAAGUACACAAGAAGGAAUGAUAAAUAUAGUUACUUACAUGUUGUUAGCAUGAGAUAGUAAACGGGUCGCUAAAAUUAAAUUAAAAACUUCUGUGUUUUAAAAAUAAUUUAAAAGCUUAUGCUUAAAGUGUAGGUUGAAACUGAAAAGACAUUGUAUUUUUGUCCGUAUCUGAAAAUCGAAUGAUGUUUGAAAGAGUGAUGGAGUUUAUUUAUUUAUUAGAUAAGUGUUAUAAUUAUAAAAUAAACUUUUUCUGUAGUUUUAAAUAAAAUAGAUUUGCUAUUUGCGU